GUAAUCAGAGCUAGAUUGCUACCAAGCUAAUGUUUACUUAUUAAAAUGCCUUUAGUCGUCACAGACCACACAUGGACACAGACAGAAUCGAUGGUGUACAUAAAUGUACCACUAAAAGGAGUGAAGGCUGGGAAAGUAGACAUAUUUUCCACUGACGAAUACCUAAAGGUGCAUUUUCCCCCGUUUCUGUUCGAAGCCUUCCUCUGUGAGCCUAUAAAUGACGACAAAAGCUCAGCCAAAAUUGGAAAUGGAGUUGCAGUUUUCACUUUGCAGAAGAAAACUGACAGAUUGUGGGAGAACCUCACCAGGGACAAUUAUGACAAACAUAAAUUGAGGGCGAUCAGGGAAAAGGCACAGUUGAAAGUUCAAGAAAAACUGGCUUCUGAUUCUAAAGCGAAGGCUAUAAAAACACAAGAGGAAAGAAAGUAUGCUUUGGAGACCAUGAUGAGGCUUGAGGAAGAGGAAAGGGCUGGGAUCCAGAAAAUGAAAGAUGAUGAACGUGAGAAGGCCACAGCAGAGCUAGAAGCAUGGAAACAGAAACACAAGCAAAAAGCUGUGGAGGAAACCAGUUUUAAACUUUUAAAAGCAAACGAAACAGAAAUUAACAGACGGACCACUGCAGGAAAGGUACAGGUCAAGAAAGAUCGGAAAGACACUUAUCAAACAAACAAGAAAUUUGAAAUGGAUCUACCUGCCCCAAGAACCACAGGCAACAUCAAAAUCACCUUCACCCCUCGAGUAUUCCCUACCGCUCUGAGGGAAUCAAGAGUUCCAGAAGAGGAACAGUGGCUACAGAAGCAGGCUGAGGCCAGGCGGGCGCUCAGCGGCGACCUGGCAGAUCUGAGGGAUCUGACGGACGAGGAGAAGAACCCUGACUGGCUUAAGGAGAAAGGAGACAAAUUAUUUGCUACUGGAAACUACCAGGCUGCAGUCAAUGCCUACAACCUCGCCAUCCAGCUAAACCCCAGGAUCCCUGCCUUGUUCUCCAAUCGAGCUGCUUGCCACCUGAAGCUAAGAAACCUGCACAAAGCAAUUGAGGACUCAUCUCGGGCUCUUGAUCUGCUGACGCCCCCAGUGGAGGACAACGCAGCCGCCAGGCUGAAGGCCCACGUCAGACGGGGUACAGCCUUCUGUGAACUGCAGCUGUAUACAGAAGGUCUUCUGGAUUACCAGGCUGCUUUGAAGAUCCACCCUAACAAUGAAGCUCUUUUAGCAGAUACACAUAAGAUCAGACAGGUUAUUCAAGGUACUGCCCUCUAAACUGAGUAGAGAAACCCACACAUCUGCAUUUGUGUAUAACCACAGACAUGUGUGUGU